CUGCAACUUUAAAGUGAACAAUUUCCAGAAGAAUGAAGAUCACAGUCUGCUUGUUCUGCUUGGGGCUCUUCAGCCUGAUCCGGGCUCAUCCUGAAGCUGAACCUUACCGUGAGCCUCGAUCGCUCUCCAACUCAAACUCUAAUGAGAGGUUUCCGUUCAUUCCCUUACUGAACACCCUGACCAGGGAUCAGCUCCGUCAGCUGCUGCAGAAUUUUCUUAUAGGUUUGAGACCUGCUCCACCUCCAGUUCUACCUCCAGCUCCAACUACAGCUCCAACUAAAGCUCCUACUACAGCUCCAGCUCCAACUACAGCAGCAACUCCAGGUCCUACUACAGCUCCAACUACAGCUCCAGCUCCAACUACAGCUGCAAUUCAAGAUCCAACUACAGCUCCAGAUGCAAAUCCAGGUCCAACUACAGCUCCAACUAUAGUUCCAACUACAGCUCCAGCUCCAACUACAGCUGCAACUCAAGGUCCAACUACAGCUCCAGAUGCAAAUCCAGGUACAACUACAGCUCCAACUAUAGCUCCAACUAUAGCUCCAGCUCCAACUACAGCCCUAACUCUAACUUCAGCUCCAGCUCCAUCUCCAACUACAGCUGCAACAGCAGGUCCAACUCCAGGUCCAGUAAAUUCUGGCCUGUAGAAUUAAAGCACAGCGUCCUCCGCUUCUUAUUCUUAUACAAACCACUUCAGUGCCUUUUUCCUGAAUCUCUAGAAUUAAUUUAAGUAAACUUCAGUAAACAUAAAGUUUUAGCUCAAUUUCUAUUUUCUAUUUCUAGACAAUUGUGUAUCAUCACAGUCCUGUGAAAACCCCAGAGAUUUACUGAGCUGAACACAAUGUAUGCUUUAUUUCCUUAAAUCAUUUCUGUUCUCACCUGAUAAUUAAUCAGUGUUAAACUUACACAUGUGACGUAAAGCCCACAAAGGAUUUGAGUCCAGAAUAGAAAUUUUAAUGA